AUGUACAUCACCCUCUACUACAUAGUCACCCGGCUCCCUGACUCCCUUCGCUUAGUCAGGGACCACUUCCUCUCAGUUUGCCCCACAACACUCACCGUUGACCUCCUCGAGGAGCGCCUCCUAGCAGCAGAGAAGAGCAUAGUCGCUGUAGGAGCCUCUCGUGGUGACCCUCGCACCCCCGUCUUUGAGGGGUGUUCUCCCUCCCCCCUCUUGCCCUCUGUUGCUUCUGCUGCUGCGGCGACCUCGUUGGUUUCGAGUCGGUCGGCGUUGCGUCUGCCCCUAGCGGGAAGCGCCACACCGGCAAGGGCAAGGGGGGCAAGGGCGUUGGAGGGGCUAGUGGGGGCGGUGGAGGUGGUAGUGGAGGCAGUGGAGGAGGUGGGGGUGGUGGUGGUGGUGGGAGUGGUGGCGGGGGUGGAGGUGUCGGUGGCAGCAGUGGAGGCGGAGGAUGUUAUAGUCACAGGUUCUUAG